GCCACAGCAAUUCUCUUCCCCUUCGUCGCCUUCUUCCAUUUUCUUCCAAUUUCCUCUUCCUCUUCCUCUUCCUCUUCCUCUUCCUCCUCUCUAUCCGCCGGCGCCUUCUGCGCCGCCGAGUUCUGUGCCUCCUCAGCCCGCGAUCUCAAAGUCCCCUUGCCUUUCGCCUCCUUCAGCUUGCUCGCCACCCCGCUCCCGCUCCCGCUUCCCCUCUUCGCGCCCUUCUUGGCCGCAGCUUGUUUCGGCUUCACCAUCCGCCGCUUCUUGGGAGGACUCGCCUCGUCGCCGCUUGGGAGGUCGUACACAUCGACGCCCCGGACCUUGGACGACUUCCGCGUCUGCACCGCGUGGUCCGACGACGCACGUGCAGCAGCCUCCGCAUGCGAGGGGCGGUCGCGCUUUCUUUUAGGCGGUGGCAUUGAUAGCUCUUCGUCUUUUUCUAUUCCUGAGCCGUCAGUGUCGUGGAUGGUGAUGGUGGCCGUGGCAGUGGUCGUUGGUGGACGUCUGGGUUUCGGCUUGCUAGCCGACAUUGCGACGUCGUUGAGUAGCUGGGCCGAGGGCGUGACGGAGCGCAAUUCCGAGUCGGAGUUGAACUCGAACGCGAGUGGGGACGAAGUCGUGUUCAUCUCGCAAAGAAAAAAUCAAUUCACGGCCGUCGUACGGAGUGUGCGUUGGUUGUUUGUAACGUGAUGGGAGGGAGACGGAACGCGUCCACAUGGUGCGGCGGCGGGG